AUGGUUAUUUACCCCUCUCAGAAUAGCUCCCGCAGUAAUGUGAUUUUAUAUUUUAUUUCAUUGUCUUUUUCCGCUGAUUUUCUCCACAGGAAACUUGCGUUGAAGUUCCACCCCGACAAGAAUCCCGAAAACCCUGAGGCGGCGGAUAAAUUCAAGGAGAUCAACAACGCUCACGCCAUCCUGAACGACCCGACCAAGAGGAACAUCUACGACAAAUACGGCUCUCUGGGGCUCUACGUGGCCGAGCAGUUCGGAGAGGAGAACGUCAACACCUACUUCGUUCUCUCCAGCUGGUGGGCCAAGGAUGGUGUGUGCGCGAUCCUUGAGAGAACAGCUGUGAGGAAGCACGUGACGAGGAACUACAUUACCCACAAUCCCACAGCGCGGUUCAGACGGACUCCAUCCAUCAUCCAUGGCUUCCAGCAGCCGGUGCCGGUUCCGAGGUCUCGGGAUCCCGGUGGAGGCGGACGUCACGGGCCGAGUCUCGUCCCGCUCGGACAGGUAACCGUGCGCCGUGUCUCCGUCUCUCUGUGCCCGGAGGAAAGCUCCUUUUUCCGGCUGCAGCAGAGUGAUGAAGCCGAGGCUGGGGGCGACCCCAUAAUGCUGCAGCCGUCAGCCACAGAGACCACGCAGCUCACGGGGGACGGCCAUCACUCCUACCACACCGACACCGGCUUCAACUAACCCCCGCCCCCCCCACGACCCACCCACCCCCCCGCGGUCCUGCCUGCUCCACCUCAGCCAGAAGAAGAGGGCGGCGGCCAUGUUGUUUCCAGAGCGGCGCUGAGGGACUCGUAAGCAUGGCCCGUUACCAAGGAACUAAUCAAGAAGUCACUUCCUCAAACCGUUUUGUUUCUCUCGGCCUUUUUACCCCCACUCUCUCUCUCUUUGUCCCACAUCCUGGCAUGCACUGUUUCCAAAAUGGUAUCCAAAUGUUUCAUAUUUUGCAAAACAGUUAUACUUUGCAGAGUUCAUAGAUGAGAGCAGCAGCUACGUCGCUUCCUGGCAAAAUUACAGCCCCGCCCACUUAUGUGUGAAACCAAAACAUCAGCGUUAAGCGGGAAAAUAUAGUUGUAUCUUUCCUUAAAGCUGUUGUGUUGUGUAUUGGACAAACAACAACUAUAUUUCUCUUUACUUCCUCUCUGAAAAAAGGUCGAUAUGUGGCUUCAGGCCUCGUAUGUCUGUGGGAAACACUUCAUCACAGCUAAUGAUGCUAACAAGGCUAACGCCAAUCAUCAACGUAAUGAAGAAGUCACCCCCUCAAACAGUUUUGUUUCUCUCGGCCUUUUUACCCACCUCUCUCUCUUUGUCCCACGUCAUGGUGUAGCAUGCACUGUUUCCAAAAUGGUUUCCAAAUGUUUCAUAUUUUGCAAACAGUUAUACUUUGCAGAGCUCCUAGAUGAGAGCAGCAAAAUUACAGCCCCGCCCACUUAUGUGUGAAACCAAAAAUCAGCGUUAAGCGGGAAAAAAUAGUUGUAUCUUCCCUAAAAGCUGUUGUGUUGUGUACUGGACAAACAACAACAAUAUUUCUCUUUGCUUCCUCUCGGGAAAAAGGUUGAUCUGUGGCUCAGGCCUCAGUUAAUACUGUACGUCUGUGGGAAACACUUCCUCACAACUAAUGAGGCUAACGUCAAUCAUCAACGUAAACGGUUGUAAUGGUAAAAGUCAGAGUAGUAAAUAUACUGUAUGUACUGCAUUGACAUAUAUGCAGUACUUGCCACUCAUCCACUGUUAGAGUGAAAUAUAUUUAUUUAAAUUAAACUAUAAAUCUCAAACAACAUUCUGUAGUCUUUUGAGCAUCCUAAUUGGGCUCCAUGUAAAUAAAAAAAUGCACUGUAUUCCUAAUGUUUUCAUGUGAUUAGCGAAAAAACCUCUUCCCACCAGUCACAUGACACAGAGUGUAUUCACACAAAAAGGGGCGGGGCAUGACGUAGAAGGAAAGAACCCGAUUGGCUGCUCUCAUCUAUAGAUAUACGUGUUAGUGCAAUAUGUCCACACAGAGGAGAGGGGGUUCAGGGGGCUUUCAGACGGUGUGUGAUCAGUGCCAUCAUUUACUCGUUCAAUUGUUCCCUUAAAUCAGAGCCCGUUUGAGUGUGUGUGUGUUUGUCUGUGAGCGUGCCCCCCCCCUUCCCCCGAGAGUUUUUAAUGUGAAUCAUGAGGCGGAUAAUGCACCGAGCUUUAUCUGCAGAGGUCUGCUGACAAAACGUUAGUUAUUAUAAUUAGUGUUGGCUUUACAUUCCCCCCCGACCCUGUUUUUCUUUCUUUGCCGCAGCUCGAACGUUAUUCUGUUUUUUUAUUAUUUGCAUUGCACAUAUAGUUACGGCAGACUUUCAGUCCAGCAAGAAUGAUAUUUUUUCACCACUUAUUCCUCACAUCAGCAGAUACAUUCGAUUAUAAUGUUAUAAUUGGAUUCAGAAAUUUGAAUCUCAUACAAAAAACGGAUUAUUUAAAUUAGUGAAGAAAAGAUUAUUUGUAUUUGGAUGACGUGCUGCACUUAUUUAUUCCAUUUGUAAGCAGUCAUCACUAAUUAAGACCAAAAGAAGUGAAUUGCAUGUCAUUGUUUAGUUUCUGUUUACCCAUUGAUCUGUGGAGCUGUGGAGCAGGUUAACAUGUUUUCAACUCUGAGCCGUCUUGAAUAUGUUGAGUAGUUAAUGUGAUGUGGAAAGCAAAACAUGUUACACCUUUGAGAGCGGGGAAAUAAAGCUGAUUAGUUGGGCUGUACCGAUGACUUAGCUUAGCAUUGGAAUUACAAAACUGUAAAUGUAAAUGAAUUGUGUUUAAAGCCAGUGUUCGUGCCCUUUGUCUGAUGGAGAUUAAGCUACACUUAUAUAAUUAGUAUUAUAAUAGAAGUAGAGUCCAGUAGUCGCUGCGUACAUGUAGGACUCGUGUGAUCCAACUUCCCAAACACAUUUAUUUCUAUCUCAUAAAAAAAGUCAGAUUUAAUCCAUAUUUUUGGGCAUUUUAUCUCAAAAACAACCUUUUUACUGCUUUCAAAACCAGCUUUCUGCACACGGAGAGGGAGGCAAGAAUAGAGAGCAUGUGUUAAAAAAAUUAAUUAAUAUGAAAAGAUGUUCUUUUUUGGACGUCAUUUAAUAUCAGAAUCUGAAUUUGGUGUAUUGCCCAGCAGGUGUCACAUACACUACAUGUACUUAGGAGUCACACACACACGGUAAGGAAUAUGAAAAGAUUGAUUAGAAGACUUUGACAGAAGUUAAAUCCGGUACAGCCCUACUGACCUGACUGUUUUUUAUGUCGUGCAUAAAUCAGAUCAUGUUUCUCGUCCUCGUGUUUUGAACUGAAGUCCGAUGCUGUGAUCGUUUUUUCAUUGUUGACCAUAUGUUUUGUAGAGUAAGAAGCUCGUCGGCAUAUCUUCAUCAGUGCUUACAGGCAGCUCCACGUUUUAAAAAAAAAAGAAGAAGAGAUUUUUCAUACCACUGAAUCUGCAUCGCACACACUUUGCCAUGAACAUCUUGUCCGUUUUCAUAAAUGCUAAUAAUGUGUUUCAAUGGUUUACAAUUGGUGCGCUCCUGUCGCCACCCUCUGCUCUUAACGGUAUGGAUGUGACCUCUGUGCCCCCGUGCGAUGUUUCCCCUAACCCUCGAUGAAACAUAGAUGUUCCCGUCAUGGCUUUUUCAUUGAGAUACUGAAAGAUGCUACUGUAAAUGUUCUCAGUUGAAUGCACUGUGUGUUUAAAAAAAAUAAUCAGGAAAUGACUCCAUAAAAAGACGACAUACUAUAUAAAGUGUAACUAUAGUGAAAUGGUUAUAUGAUGCAUUUCUUUUGGAGUUUUAUUUAUUUCAUACUCGAUGAUGGAUAUGAUUUUAUUAACUGGUAUGGUGUUGUAAUGUGACCAUUGAAUUUUAGCAAGGUUAAUGGUUAAGUUCGCUUGUACAUACACGUCCAUAUAAAGUAUAAACCCUUACCGUUUCUGUUGUAGCAUGGUAAAUGUGUGUCUGGAAGAAAACAAGUGGAUCACUGAUCUGAUUUGCUGUUGUUGAAUAAAUGUUCCUGAACAUUUGGA